UUCCUAGUCAUGAGUGUGUAAGAGUGAAAUAGCAAUAUCCCAUUUCUCAAGCAUCCCUUUCCAAUAGGGUGGCCCGGUUCUCAAUACCCGUAGUUCUCAUUUCAGUGUCAUCGUUUUGUAAACUAUCAGUAUUCUUACUCUAAUCGCGGUAUUUACCUAAGAUUAUCUGUUUUCAUGGAAAAGCAUAUGAAAUAGAAGACUAUUAAUCAAUUAGAAUGUCUCAGUCAAAGAAAAGUAAAGGAGAUUGGUUGUUGCCUUCUUUCGAGAUUGCACCGAAUACAAGUCAUAUAAAAAAACGGAGCAGUACUGAUGAUUCUUGCAGUAAUAAAAUGAAUGUAGAAGAUGAUAUAUGUACUGACCCAAAAAGGAAAUCUUCAAAUAAUUUAGCUGCUUUGCUAAUGACUUGUGAACCUCAGCAACCUUCAGAGUUGGCAAUAAGUCGGCAAAAGCAAAAAACAAUUCAGGAGUGGCUAGACUCUAUUAAUGGAAGCCCAAAAGCACUUGUGCUUUCUGGACCUUCUGGUUGUGGAAAAACUGUGGCUCUCAAACUUCUUGCCAAGAAUAGUGGAUUUGAUGUCAUAGAAUGGAUUACACCAGUUGAUCAGGCUAUGGAUGAGAAUAACAGAGUGAUGCGUCAAGGAGAGAGAUUUGAAGACUUCAUGGUCCGAGCUACCAGAUACAAUUCAAUAUUCUCAAAACAUUCUAGAAGGCUUCUACUAGUCAAAGACAUACCAAAUGUGUAUCUCGUUGAAAAGGAUAGCUUUUCUGAUGUAUUGCAGAAAUACUUUGAAAUGGCUAGAGAGCCUCUAGUAUUCGUUGUUAGUGAUUCUGGCAGCUCUAGACUGAUGCAAACAUUAUUUUCUGAGAAUAUUCGAAAAGCCUUUAAAUUGGACGUUAUAAGUAUUGGAGCAGCAACAGCAACUUCUAUGAAAAAUGUAUUAAAAAGAGUUUCCUCGAUAUUAAAUUUAAAGGGUGGCCAUAUACUGAAUGUUACCCAAGAAAAUAUUGAUGAGAUACUGUCAAAUGGUAUUGGAGAUGUACGCAGUGCAAUUCUAAACCUCAUCUUUAUAUCUCUCAAAGUGCCUAAUAAUGAAUCCCACAGUGAAUGCACUGUAAGAGAAGAAAGUUUAGGACUUCUUCACGGUGUAGGACGGGUGAUCAAUCCAAAAAGAAUUCCUGAUGGCGAUUCUUGGAAAUUUGUUCAUGAUCCAGACGAAAUAGCUUCAUUGUUCCAAUCACAGCCGGGUGUAUUUCUUGGAUUUCUUCACGGAAAUUACUUAAAUACAAUCGGUGGAAUGGACGAAGCAGCGACAUGUAUAAAUAUCUUGAGUUUGUCAGAUACCUUGAUUUCAGAAUGGCGAGAUCCAAAUCUCGGUAGAGUAGCCUUAUCUUAUUGUAUUCGUGGUUUGAUGGUAACUAAUGAAAAACCAGUGUCAGGAUGGAAUCCAGUGAGAAAAGGACAGCAUGAUGACCGUACGUUACAAAGGGAUCUUGGAGCAGCAGAAUUGCGCUGGUACGAAUCACGGAUACUUUCUAAAACUCAAAAAUCAGAGAACUCAGUAUCUGUUGCCGAAAUUGAAGGAAUAAUUGAAUAAAAGAUAAGAAUGUAACAGCAUCUUGUAAUGCGUUUCGUUCCAUUCAUUCCGUGAUUUUCCGCGAGACUAUUAGGGUGCUGUAACAUUAUAAGCAUCCGAAGGAGCAGAGAGAGUAUCGUUAAUCUCAUAUUACUUUUAUAUAAGUUAUUAAGUUAUGAUGAAAUCGCGAAAUUCCAAUUAAUUAUGUUAUCAGAAUAAGUUUCUCAAUAAAAAAAAGUGAAAGAA